AUGGCCCCUCCAAAGGUUUUCUCGCUCGAAGGCAAAGGCCUCAAACUCGACACCGCGGAGGAUAUCGACGCCCACAUCAAGCCUCUCGUUGAGAGUGCUGACUACACGGAGAUCCAUUUCGGCGGUAACACCCUGGGUGUGGGUGCCUCGGAGCGUCUGGGUGCUGUCCUCGCGACCCAAAAGAACCUUGAAGUUGCCGAUUUCGCCGACAUCUUCACUUCUCGCUUGCUGUCGGAGAUCCCUCCCGCUCUGACCUCCCUCCUGAAUGCAAUCCUCGAGAUCCCGGCCGUCCACACCGUCAACCUAUCCGACAAUGCCUUCGGUCUCAACACGCAGGCGCCCCUCGUUGACUUUCUUUCGCGCCACACCUCGCUCCGCCAUCUGAUCCUGAACAACAACGGACUGGGUCCCCAUGCCGGUACGCUGGUGGCCGAUGCCCUGAGCGAACUCGCGGAGCGCAAAGAGGAGGCCCGUAAGGCCGGCAAGGAGGUUGCGCUGCUGGAGAGCAUUGUCUGUGGACGGAAUCGUUUGGAGAAUGGCAGCAUGGAAGCAUGGGCGCGUGCCUAUGAGAAACACGCGGCCGGUAUCAAAUCCGUGAAGAUGACCCAGAACGGUAUUCGGCAGGAGGGUAUUUCGCAUCUGUUGAAGAGCGGUCUUCGCCACGCGAGCGCCCUCGAGGUCUUGGACUUGCAGGACAACACCUUUACCAUUAUGGGAUCCACGGCUUUGGCAAUGGUUCUGCCGGGCUGGCCCGAACUGCGCGAACUGGGCGUUGGUGACUGCCUGCUGUCUGCACGUGGUGGUGUCAAGGUCGCUCAGGCUCUGGGGAAGAACAAGAACCAGAAGCUCCAGACUUUGCGGCUGCAGUACAACGAGAUGAAGGCGGAGAGCGUGAAGCAAUUUGCCUUUGCGGCCAAGACAGCACUACCCGGUCUGCGCCGUGUGGAACUCAAUGGAAACAUCUUCUCGGAUGAGGAUCCUCACAUCGUGGAGCUGCGUGAGCUGUUGGAGGGUCGCCAGGAGGAGCAUGGCACUGAUGACGACCCUGAGGAUAGCUGGGGUCUUGAUGAGCUGGACGAGCUCGAGGAGGAGGGUAGCGAAGAAGAGGAGGAGUCGGAGGAGGAGGAAGAAGAAGAAGAGCGCAAGGCCGACAAGGAUCUGAAGAACACCGAACUCGCCGAGGAGGAGGAGGUUGCGCAGAAGCAGGAUCGGGACGUCGACGCGCUGGCCGAGGCCCUGGGCAAGACUGGUGUGUAG